UGGACGAGGAACCGUGUGAGUCCCCAGUGCACUGUUCAGGGUGAGCGGCACUCUAGUCAAAUGUUUCUGCUGGAGCAGGCGUGAUGAAUAAUACUGUCUAAUUUGAAUAGUGGUUGCUGCAGGGUAGGCUCUUGCCUCUUCCGUAUUUCACAGUCCACUUGAAACUUCCGUGUUUCGAAGGCUAUUGGGUCAAGCGGUUUAUCACAAUGAGAUCCAUCCCGGAAGAUUUAACGACUCUCCUUUCAGAUCUGGAAACCUUUUUAACGGAUGUCCUUAAAGGGGAGACUUUGAGCAAAAAAGCAAAAGAGAAAAAGGAUGCCUUCAUCAAGCGCAUUAAAGAUGUAAAAACGAGCUACUCUCAAGAUUUCAAGGACAAACGAGAUGAAGAGAUUCCAGAGCCUGAUGAAGUGGAUACCAACGACGGUGGAUCACUGCACUCAGAGCAGACUGACAGGGAUGAGGAAAGCGCUUAUGAUGGAGUUCAACAGUCUCCUCCGGUUGCAGCUCAGGAACUUCAGUCCAUUUUGAAGAGUGGCUUCCUGGAGAAGCGCAGAAAGGAUCACAGCUUCUUCGGCAAUGAAUGGCAGAAGAGAUGGUGUGCUUUAAACAACAACAUCUUCUACUACUAUGGCAGUGAGAAAGAUAAACAGCAGAAGGGAGAGUUUAAUAUUGUCGGAUACAUUGUCAAAAUGAACAACACCCUGCGGAAAGAUGCAAAGCGAGAUUGCUGCUUUGAGAUCUCAGCUCCAGACAAGCGUGUUUAUCAGUUCUGUGCUGCGUCCGAGAAAGAUGCAAAGGAGUGGGUGGAGCACAUUGAUUUUCUGAUUAAAGCAGUGAACAAAAGCACAGACUACGCAAACUACUUCCAGGGCUUGUGGGAUUGUGCUGGAGAUCAUCCGGAUGAGCUGUCCUUUAAGCGAGGAGACACCAUCUACAUCCUCAGCAAGGAGUACGACUUGUUUGGCUGGUGGGUGGGGGAGAUGAAAGGGGCCAUCGGAAUCGUGCCUAAGGAGUAUCUCCUGGAACUGUACAUGCUGUAAGGGGUCUGAGGAACCGCUGAUGGUCUGCUGUUGUAGCUUCAUGUUCCACAAGCCGCUGUCUCUUUCUGUGUGUUUCUAUUAGUCUGUGUGAUAUGUAAAGCAAACUACCAGUUCAAAAGCACAAGUAAUUGUAAAAUAUGUGCAAUGAAGGAUGUGAUGCUUAUUUUGUGCAAAUUAUUUAAUUAUCACGUGCUGUAGUAUUUAAUAGAUUGAUUGAGUGAAUGUAAACCUCUUUUUUUUGUCUUUCAAAGGCAUUAAGUUGUAGGUAAAAACAGUAUGA